CUACACAGUACACAACAAUAUAGAUGAUCCCUACGAGUUAGGAACGCGCUGCUCAACGCGCAGUGCAGACGGCCACUUUAACACCUCCAAUCACUAAAGAAUUAUCAACACUUCUGCUGUUAUUUUACGUCUUUCAAAUACUGGCGUCUUUGACCGAAAUUCACGCCCCGGGAGGAUAUCAAUUUUCAAUGUCAAAGUAAAGGAGCAUUGCUGAUUCUGAAGAUGGAGAAAUGAGCCACCGGUGACGCUUAAAGCAGUAGAUGAGUUUCCUGCACCAUGCCGCCGGGGGUCUACGGCAUGCAGGAUGUGUGGGAGAUGGAGGGUCGGCAACAGGUCAACAUGGAGUUCCUCCUCCCCACUGGGAUCUACCUCAACUUUGCCGUAGCAGGCAGUGACACCAUUGGUGCAAUCAAGAAGAUGGUGUGGAAGAAUGCCAAGAACGAGCCUCUGUUCAGUGCUCUAAGUGAUCCGGAUGCCUACGUCUUUACCUGCAUCAACAUGACGGCAGAGCGGGAGGAGCUGGAAGAUGAGCAGCGUCGCCUGUGUGACGUCCGGCCGUUCAUGCCAAUUCUCAGGCUGGUGGCCCGGGAAGGAGACAGAGUGGAGAAGCUCAUCACCACCCAGAUCAGUCUGCUUAUAGGAAAAGGUCAUCAUGAGUUUGACUCCCAAAAGAACCAUGAAAUGAAUGAAUUCCGAACAAAAAUGAGGACGUUUUGUGAAGAACGUGCUCAGCUGCGCCAGAUGUUGCCAUGGUAUCAGUGGAUGGAGUAUAACUUCCCAUGUGACUUGGAGCCAUGCUCGGUAGUGGCACAAUCUGGGAAAUCACGCAGUGUUAAGAAGAUCCUUGUCAAUGUGAAGUUUGAGGGCAGUGAGGAGAGCUUCGUUCUCCAGCAAGAUCCACAUGACCUGCCGAUGGUUCUGAAACGGAACGCCCUGAGAAAGAAGUCCACUGUGUUCCGAUCGGCAAAGCAGGAGAAACCUGAGGACUACACUCUUCAGGUUAAUGGGAGAUUGGAGUUCAUUUAUGGAACACAUCCACUCUGCCAGUUUAAAUAUAUUUUCACAUGUUUGCACGGGGGUCUUACACCACAUCUGACUGUGGUGCAUCAUUCAGCCAUCAUCAAAUACCAGGAGGAACAGGGUGGCCUCAAUAAUCAGGUGUCCAGAAGCCGUGCUCAGUCUAAACCGCCCCCACUGCCUCUGAAAAGGCAAAACACAUCUUCACUGUGGUCUAUCCACGAGCCUUUCCAUAUAAUCCUUCUACAGGGUAGCCGAGUGAAUGCGGACGAGGGCAUGAAGCUGGUGGUUCAGGCUGGCCUCUUCCAUGGAAGUGAGCUCCUGUGCAAAGUGGUGACCAGUAAUGAGGUCAGCGUUUGCUCCGAACCUGUAUGGGACCAGAAAUUAGUGUUCGACAUCAGCGUGAGUGACCUGCCACGCAUGACCCGCCUCUGCUUUGCCCUCUAUGGCGUCAUCGAGAAGACCAAGAAGCGCCCUACCAAGAAAAAAAACAAAAGAGCGGACUGCCCAUUGGCCUGGGUUAACACGAUGGUGUUUGACUACAAGGACCAGCUGAAGACUGGAGAAUUUUCCCUGUCCACAUGGCCAUCAGUCCCAGAUGAUAAAGGUGAUUUAUUGAAUCCUAUGGACACUGUGGAGAAAAAUCCAAACAUUGACAGCACGGCUGGUCUCCUGAUUCGCUUUCCCAGCAUCAGACCACACCCCCUAUAUUAUCCUCCAAUCGAAAAGUUAAAUGAACUGGGUCUGAAUGGUGAAAAAGUUGUUGCUACAAAAGAAGAGCACCUGAAAUUGAAAGAGAUUGUAGACAAUAAAAACUACACAGAGUUCUUUGAGGAUGAGAAGGAGCUUCUCUGGAAGUUACGAGGAGAAGUGAGGCACCGAUACCCUGAGAGCCUCUCCAAACUCCUCCUCAUCACUAAGUGGAACAAACACGAGGACGUGGCUCAGAUGGUUGGUUUGUUACGGAAAUGGCCAGAAUUGCCCCCUCUACAUGCUCUAGAACUUCUAGACUACAGUUUCCCUGACCCUCAUGUCCGCUCCUUCACCAUCCGCUGCCUCAAGAAAUUACGUGAUGAUGAACUUUUUCAGUACCUCUUGCAACUGGUUCAGGUUCUGAAGUAUGAAUCAUACCUGGAUUGCGACUUGACCUGUUUCUUGCUGGAGAGAGCCCUGGCCAACAAGAAAAUAGGUCACUUCUUGUUUUGGCACCUUAGGUCAGAAAUGCAUGUGCCCUCAGUCAGCUUGAGAUUUGGACUUAUUCUGGAGGCAUACUGUCGCGGGUGCAUCUAUCACAUUAAGAUCUUGAUGAAGCAGAACGAGGCUCUGAAUAAGAUGAAGGCUCUUAAUGACUUUGUGAAAUCAGGCAGUCAGAAGGCGACCAGGAUACAGACCACAGAGGACAUGAAAGUGUGCAUCAAACAGGACACAUACAUGGAAGCGCUCUCUGAGGUCGUUUGUCCUCUCAACCCAGGCAUCAUGCUGUGUGAACUCUGCGCUGACAAGUGUAAGUUCAUGGACUCAAAGAUGAAACCUCUGUGGCUGAUGUACAAGGACAAAUAUGAAACUGUGGGCAUUAUCUUCAAGAAUGGAGACGAUCUGAGGCAGGAUAUGCUAACCCUUCAGAUGAUUCAGCUUAUGGAUGUCCUAUGGAAAACGGAAGGUCUUGACCUCAGAAUGCUGCCUUACGGAUGCCUAUCAACCGGGAAUAAAACGGGUCUCAUCGAGGUGGUGAAAAACUCGGACACUAUUGCAAACAUCCAGAGGAACAACAGCAACAGUGCUGCCACUGCUGCCUUCAAUAAGGACGCUCUUCUCAACUGGCUCAAAUCGAAGAACCCAGGGGAUAAACUGGAUCAAGCCAUUGAGGAAUUCACCCUCUCCUGCGCAGGCUACUGUGUAGCCACAUAUGUUCUGGGAAUUGGGGACCGUCACAGUGACAAUAUCAUGAUCAGGGAAACGGGUCAGUUAUUCCACAUAGAUUUUGGGCACUUUUUGGGGAACUUCAAGAGCAAAUUCGGGAUCAACAGGGAACGUGUGCCUUUCAUUCUGACAUAUGACUUUGUCCAUGUAAUUCAGGAGGGACGGACCAACAACAGCGAGAAAUUUGAACGGUUUCGUGAGUGCUGCGAACAAGCCUAUAAGAUUCUCUGCCGGAAUGGGACUCUAUUUGUGAAUCUUUUUACCUUGAUGAAAGCUGCAGGACUCCCUGAACUCAGUUCUUCCAAAGACAUCCAGUAUCUAAAGGACUCCUUGGCACUGGGGAAAUCUGAGGAGGAAGCACUGAAGAACUUUAAAGUGAAAUUUAAUGAAGCUCUGAGAGAGAGCUGGAAGACCAAGGUGAACUGGAUGAUGCACAGUUUUGCCAAAGAUAACAGAUAAACGGCUCUCGAUACGGGAGAACCGCUACGGGAGAUCGACCGAAACCCUCUUGAUGCUGAGUUUUGAUUUAAACCGAUGCAGCUUUGAACAGAAUAUAUUUUGCACUGCUGUCUGGAAUUUAUUGCAUUAUACUGCCGUGCAAAAGCAAAAUGCAGUAACUAAACUGAGUUGUGACUGAUACAUGACCAGAUUCUGUUCAAAAAAAAAAAGGUCCUGCGUUUUGCUUUUGCGGGGAAUUACAUAUUGUACAUCAACAGCUGUUUAGCAUAUGUUUACAUCUGUGACGUAAUAGUAAAUGAUGCUAUACAUUUGUUUUGGUGAGACCAACUGCUUGACAUGAGAUUCAUUUCUCAAAUACACGUGGUAUUUGCUACACAAUGCUCUGGGAAUUGAAGCUACUAAUUUAACAAACUAUUGGCGUGCCACUAAGAUACCUUGCAUCUCUGGUUUGUUUCUGUCACGCUUGUGUAAGAGCAAGUGAGAUUAAUGUAUUUAUAAUUUCUAACUGUACAGCAUAAAAUAAGUGAGUUGUUCUGAAGAAGAAAGCACUUUGAGUGUUUUCAUAUCGUUUACAUUUUCGUUUCAGGAUUUUUGUUUCUCUGUUUACAUGAACGUGUUUGGUUGUACAUAUUCUUUUGUGUAUCAUACGUAUCCUUAAAACAGUAUUUUUUCAUUUGAAUUAUUUGUAUAAUAGGAAAAUUGUUCAGGAGGAAAGCCUUUGUAUAGUGGUGUACAUGAGAAGACAUUUUGUAUGUCAGUGUAGAAAUGAGCCUUAAAUAUUUUGUAUUUGUGGGGUAUUCUGUGCCUUUGGGAUGAGACACAAGCCAUCUUAAAGACGUGUCCAAAGAGUGUGCUUUUUGUUCUGUGAAAUGUAUGCAUUGUACUACUGUACUAUAAAUCAGGACGAAAGUGAAAUAUUGUUGCUCUGUAGAAAAUUCCGCCUGGUAUUUGCGUGCCUAUUUUGAAUAUAGAGUCAGUCAAGCUUGUGUUUUUUCUUCUGAUUCAAUCUGAAUCAGUUCCACAAUGCAUCACCACAGUAUUCUGAAUCUACUGCUACCUGUUUUUUUCUCAACACAUGCAUAAAUGUCCUUUAGAAUGUGAAUUUUUAAAGAAGAGAUACAAAAUUAAAUCCAUCUAUAUAUAUAUAUAUAUAUAUAUAUAUAUAUAUAUAGAAGUCCUAUAAACACCCACUGCAUAGAGUUUUAAUAAUGGAAGGAACAUUAGUGGACAGAAAAAUGAAUUUUAGCAUUUGAGGUAUUGAUUAGCAUUUUUCUUUCGGACCACUAACCGAGUACCUUUCAUGCUAUGGUCUUGUCCAAAUCAACAUUAUUUUGUUUUUGAUUAUGUAUAAUGAUCUUUAGCCAAUUCACAGUGUGAAACUCUGGGAUCUUGAAUUUCUUGGUUUACUAAUGUAUUAUUUCAGUUUUUAAACAUGACUCCUUUGUUACAAAUUUUUACCAAGAUGGUUUGAGUUAUGAAAAUGUGCUAUUCAUUCUCAUUUUUGCCAUAAAUUAUUGAUUCUGAAA